AUGUCUUUGCCCUUCUACCAAAAACGCCAUCAGCAUUAUGACCGUGGUUACCGCAGCACCGAAUUAAAGGGCACCUUAAGCCAGUACCAGCAUGAAGAGAAGCACCACUCUGCUGCCCACAGCAGCCAUCUUGGAAUCCAAUCAUCAUACAAGACUACAGAAGAUAAGUCACUUAAGAUGAGUCCUAGAGCAAAGCGAUCUAAGCUCUAUGCACCAGAUAGAGAGAAUGAAGUUACAGACUACAUGGUUCCUGUGUUCAGAGGACGACACGAGCAUGUAAGUGGAAUUACAGACACAGAGGAAGAAAGAAUCAAAGAGACAGCUGGAUAUGUCGCUCGAAGGAACCUUUUUGCUGCUGAAGAAGGCAUUAGUGUGUCCAAAAAAUCUUCCUCUUCUUCUUCUUCAUUAUUAUCAUCUGCACAUUCUGAGGCCUACCAUAAGAAAUCCAGAAAUGUCUCUAUACGUGAAAAAGCAGAACUCCUCUCACUCAAGAAAACGCUAGAAGACACUGAAGAGUUUCACAAAAAGAUAAAUGAGGGACACACUGCUACAUGCUCCUGUCUUCAUCAUUAAGCCUCGUUCUCACACCAUCUGGGAGACACAGACUGUAAAGUUUCAUUGCACAGUGAGUGGAUGGCCAGAGCCACGAGUCACAUGGUAUAAGAAUAAUGUCACUAUCAAUGAUCAAGCUUAUCCUGAUAAAUACAAGAUUGAAAGUGGUUAUGGCCUUCAUUCACUGGAGAUAUACAACUGUGACUUCGAGGAUACAGCUCAGUACCAUGCAUCAGCAAUGAAUGUGAAAGGAGAGAAUUCUGCGUUUGCUUCUCUUGUUGUGAAGAGAUAUAAAGGAGACUUGGAUGUGACACCUUUAACUACUUCAAAAGGCGAGCCAUUCAGCUUUGCCGUCACUCCAUAUGGAUUUGCUUCAAAGUUUGAUAUUCAUUUUAUUGACCCAUUUGGAGUUUCCUUUGGGAAAGAAGGUGAUACAUUAAGUUUGGGUUCCACAGUCGUUGUUCACCCUCAAAUAAAACGAUUCCAGCCAGAAAUUCAAUGGUACCGAAAUGGAGUUCUGGUCUCCCCUAACAAGUGGGUCAGCACACACUGGAGUGGAGGACAUGCCACCCUGACUCUCAGACAUCUGAAUAAGGAAGAUGAAGGACUGUACACACUGCGAGUGGUGAUGGGAGAAUACUAUGAGCAAUACAGCGCGUAUGUGUUUGUCAGGGAUGUUGAGGCAGAAGUAUCUGGAGCUCCAGCUGCACCACUGGAUGUGGAAUGCCUUGAUGCUAACAAGGACUAUGUGAUAAUCUCUUGGAAACAGCCGGCAGUAGAUGGUGGAAGUUCAAUACUGGGAUAUUUCAUUGACAGGUGUGAGGUUGGCACAAGCCACUGGACCCAGUGUAAUGACACACCCGUAAAGUUUGCCCGCUUCCCAGUGACAGGAUUAAUUGAAGGACGAUCUUACAUAUUCCGUGUGAGAGCUGUAAAUAAGACUGGAAUCAGCAGACCUUCCCGAGUGUCAGAGCCAGCAGCAGCUCUGGAUCCUGCCGACCGAGCCAGAAUCAGAAGUCGUCCUUCUGCUCCAUGGACCGGACAGAUCAUUGUGACUGAGGAAGAACCUACAGAGGGGGUUAUUCCUGGACAACCAUCUGAUCUCACUGUGACAGAGGCCACUAAAAACUAUGUGGUGCUCAGCUGGAAGCCACCUGGUCUACGCGGUCAUGAAGGUGUUAUGUAUUAUGUGGAAAAGAGUGUGGCUGGCACAGAGAAUUGGCAGAGAGUCAAUACCGAGAUCCCAGUCAAGUCUCCAAGGUUUGCUCUGUUUGAUCUGGCUGAGGGAAAGUCUUACAGCUUCAGAGUGCGAUCUUGCAACUCUGCCGGAGUUGGAGAACCCUCAGAGGCUACUGAGGCUACUGUUGUAGGCGACAAACUUGAUAUUCCUAAGGCUCCCAGCAAUAUUGUACCCACAAGAAAUACAGACACUUCUGUGGUUGUUACAUGGACAGAAUCUAAGGAUUCCAGAGAGUUGGUGGGAUACUACAUUGAGGCCAGUAUCACAGGAUCAGGCAUUUGGGAACCAUGCAACAACAACCCAGUGAAAGGCACUAGAUUUAUUUGCCAUGGCCUUUCUCACUGGUGAAAAUUACAUUUUACGUGUCCGGGCUGUGAAUGCAGCAGGACUCAGUGACUACUCCUCUGAUUCUGAGGCAAUAGAAGUCAAAGCUGCCAUUGCACCCCCCUCCGCACCUUACGACAUCACUGUUUUGGAGAGUGUUCGUGACUCCAUGGUUAUCGGAUGGAAGCAGCCCAAGAUUAGUGGUGGCGUGGACAUUAAAGGCUACUACGUGAAUUUCAGAGAGGUUGUGGAUGGUGUUCCAGGACAGUGGCAUGAAGCCAAUGUUAAGGCCAUCAGCGACAGAGCCUACAGGAUAUUGAAUCUGAAAGAAAACGUACUGUACCAAUAUCAGGUUGCUGCUUGCAAUUUGGCUGGAGUUGGAACACCAUCACAGCCAAGUAAACCAUUCAAAUGUGAAGAGUGGACCAUUGCUGUGCCAGGACCUCCUCAUGAACUUACUCUUACUGAGGUCAGAAGCAGCUCCCUGGUUUUGUUAUGGAAGACCCCAGUCUACACAGGCCGUACCCCAGUUACUGGUUUUUAUGUGGACGUUAAAGAAGCAGAUGCACCAGAAGAGAACUGGAGAAGUGUGAAUGAGAAACCAAUUCCAAAUACCUACAUCAAGGUCCAAAACUUGAAUGAUGGCACUCGUUAUGUGUUGAGAGUAAGGGCAGAGAAUCAGGCUGGUGUUGGCAAGACAUCUGAUGUGACAGAUCCAGUCCUUGCACAGACCAAACCAGGUACCAAAGAGGUAGUGGCGGAGGUGGAUGACUUUGGAGUGAUUUCAUUGAACUUUGAAUGUGAUCAGCUAACUCCAGACUCAAAGUUUGUGUGGUCCAAGAAUUAUGAACCAAUAGAAGAUGAUUCAUCAAGAGUAACUAUUGAGACCAAAGGUGGCAAGACAAAGGUCUCGUUCAAAGAUCCUUCAGAAGAAGACCUUGGCAUUUACUCCUGUGUUGUUACUGAAACCGAUGGCAUUUCUUCCAGCUAUACAUUAGAUGAAGAUGAGCUUAAGCGCCUGUUGCAACUAAGCCAUGACCACAAAUUCCCAAUUAUUCCUCUGAAAUCUGGCUUGGCUGUAGAGAUUCUUGAAAAAGGUCAGAUUCGCUUUUGGAUGCAGGCUGAGAAACUUUCUGCUAGUGCUAAGUGCAACUAUGUCUUCAAUGAUAAAGAGGUCCACCAUGGGGAUAAAUACAAGAUGAAUUUGGACAGUAAGACUGGCAUUGUUGAGAUGAUCAUGGACACACUGGAGGAUGAGGAUGAAGGAACAUUUACCUUCCAGCUACAGGAUGGAAGAGCAACAAACCAGUCCAGUCUGGUUCUUAUUGGAGAGGUGUUUGAGAAACUACAAAGAGAAGCUAGAUUCCAGAGACAUGAAUGGAUACGGAAACAAGGUCCUCAUUUUGUGGAGUACCUUGCAUGGGAAGUUACUCCUGAGUGCAAUGUUCUUCUGAAAAGUAAGGUGGCUAAUAUGAAGAAAGAAACCACAAUUACGUGGUACAAAGAUGGCAUGGAGAUAAUGGAAGAUGAGAAACAUGACUUUAAGGAUGGCGUAUGUACGUUGCUCAUUACUGAGAUAACAAGGAAGGAUGCCGGUAUAUAUGAGUUAAUACUGAAAGAUGACAGAGGGAAGGACAAGAGUAUACUCAAGCUGAUAGAUUCAGCAUUUGAUGAUCUCAUGAGUGCAGUUUGCAAACAGAUAGCCGACUCUGCCACGCAAGUCAAGAUCCAGAGCAACGAGGAAGGCAUAAGACUAUAUUCAUUUGUAAACUACUUUGUGGAUGAUCUCAAACUCAGCUGGGUUCACAAUGAUGGCAAGAUUAAGUACACAGACAGAGUUAAGAGUGGAGUCACUGGAGAGAUGAUGUGGCUACAGAUAAAUGAACCCACACCAAAUGACAAGGGCAAGUAUGUUCUGGAAAUGUUCGAUGGCAAAGCAACACAUACUAGGGACGUUGACUUGUCUGGACAAGCUUUUGAUGAGGCCUAUGCUGAAUUCCAGAGGUUAAAGCAAGCUGCAAUAGCAGAAAGAAAUCGUGCAAGAGUAGUAGGAGGUUUGCCUGAUGUUGUAACUAUACAGGAAGGAAAGGCACUUAACCUUACAUGCAAUAUUUGGGGAGACCCAGUGCCAGAGGUCUCAUGGCUGAAGAAUGAGAGAGAACUACCUGGAGAUGACCACUGCAUCCUUAAAUUUGAGUCUGGAAAGUAUGCCAGCUUCACCAUCACCACCGUCGCCACAUCCGACUCUGGCAAAUACUGCAUUCGGGCAAAGAACAAAUAUGGCACUGAAACAAAUGAUUUUACUGUAAGUGUGUUUAAUCCAGAGGCUGAAGAAACAGAGGAAGAGGCUCAGUCUGAUACUAAGAAAAAGUAA